UAUAUUAGGCGUGUUUUUGAAAACGUUUCCAACGACGCCGGGUUUUACAUGUCGUGUAAUUUAUAGAUGAGUAUUGCUAAUAAAAGGCAAUCUCGAGCUUCUGAGGCCAGACCUAAUGAAAGAGAUAUUUCCAGAGCUUCUGUACUGACAAAUAGAACGACACCGCGCAGUUGGAAGAAGACGGACACAGCUAAUAAGGACACAGAAAAGAUGGGUGGGGAACUUCCUCAUGUCAAAAAUUCAGGCACUGUAAAAUGUCACCAGGCUAAUCAAAAACAAGUAGCAAACAGUACAUCUCGAAAAGCCUUCAGUGACAAAUAUGCGAAAUGCACAAAUCUUGACAGAAUCAUAAAAAUUCAAACGGAAUUAAAGUCACCUAUCACUACAAAUCCUACACUCAGGUCAAAACGUGCAAUAUGCCUCAGGGAUGAAAAGGAUUUUUUAAUUAAUUUCGACAAAAAGUACUCUAUACAAAACUAUCAGCCUUUAAAGCCAAGUGAUAAUUAUUAUGUAAAUAGACCAGUUUAUAAAUAUCCCUACAAUAUGUUAUCAGCAAAAUCGAAGGUAGCAAAAAGAUUACACCUGUUAACCAAAUUGACCAAACAAUUUGUAAGGAAUAUGCAGCACCAAAUGCAAGCCAAAUCUCAGCAUGGCUUAUGCAAUGCAAUAAUGCUUCCGUGACAUUAGGCGAUACAAAGGAGACAAAUACUGAGCCGAAAAUAUCAGUUGAUAAUGUACAAACGAAUUUAGACUCAAAAAAGCACCUCACCAGUUAUAUUUCUUCACAUUCUACUGUGCAUAAAUCCAAGGAUAUUAUACCGGAAUUAAAUAAAAAGCAUACUUUCGGCAAACAAGAGACAAAAUCGACUUCACAUUCAAAAAGUCCUAACCUAAAGUGUCCUACCAAACAGUUGGUUCAUUCAAAUCUUAAAAAAUUAGAAGAACAAAGUAAACUGAGUGAUUUGAGGUAUAACCGAUACAAUACCACCUAUCAAAACCGAAAGUCAACGAAAUCAUCAGAAGACGCCUUAGAUUACAACGAAUCAGAUAUAGGCAAAAAUUGCAACAACAUAAAAUAUUAUGAUGUGAAUUCAACGAAUGCAACUGACUGGGCCAGUGUUUCUUCAUCUGAAUGGGGUGAUGAUAUGUGCGAAUUCGAUCGACAACAGUCUUUUCGUGUACAUGAAAUGUUUGAAGAGAUUGAUCGUAUUUUAUUCGAUAAUCCAAAUUUCCAUUCAGAAGAUUUGACGCUCAGGUAUAACAUCGGUGUAAAUACUACUUCUACGGUCGAAAAAGCCUAUAACCAUGAAGUGAAAUCUAAGUCUUCCAAUAUGUCUUCCUCAUACAUUAAUAAUGAUUUAAAUGCGGAAAAUUUAAGACUGUUAUGCUUAAACCCAGUGGUCAGUCUGAAUUCACCUUUCCAAUACGUCCAACAUCUUGACAAUCCAAGUGGGAUUCAAGACCAUUUGUUCUAUGAAUGUAAAGAUUGGUUAUCCAGAUUUCCGCAUUUACGUGUUGUCGGUAAACAGAUAGUCGCCUCAGAGGGCUUCAAGUCUACAACGUGUGCUGGACAGUCAGAUUGCUCUAAAUGCACUGACGUAUCGUGUAUAACGGAUAAAUCUAUGGCUAUCUGUGGGCAGACAGUCAGUGAGACGGAAUCAAGUGAUACACUAAAUAGAAUGACAAAUUCUCAAUCAGCUAUAACAGUAAACGCCAACUACAUGGACGAAGAGAUCUUUGCUAUGGAUGGGAAUUAUGAAGAACUUUUAAUUGAUAGUCAACAGAAAAACCUACCAAUGAACAGUGUAGAACGAAGAAAUAGAACACCAUCAUUUGAACAAAAGCGUCAACAGCAUCAGGAUAAGUCAUCAGUUAGUGAUAGAAGAAAAUCAAUCUCCAAAGAACAGCUGGAUAACAAGCAUCAACAUCGAAGUAACCAUCACAGUCAGCAGCCUCAGCACGAACAUCACAAGCACAAACACAAAGAACAGGCAAACGAGUGUAAUAAAAGAUACACUGUAUUAUCUGAGGUUGUGGCACAGUCAUCAAGCAACAUUAAAAUUUCAGAGAGUAACAAAACAACCACCGGUUUAGGCACUUCUCAUUCAAAAGUCAGUGUUGUUAAAAAGCAUCUGCCGAAUUCAGUUGAAAUGAUCCUAAGCGUCAUAUCACAACACUUAUGGAAGGAUCUAAUGGAUUGGUUGAGGAUCAGUUUAGUUGAAAAUAUGUAUGCAGUCUCGAAUAAAGGUGAUAGCAAUGCAAUUUAUCAAAAAAAUAUCCCCCAUCAUACAUUUCCAUUGCAUCGACUGAGAGAAAGCAUAUUAUCGCGGUGUAGUUCAUCAGUUGGCGAUACACAGAACUCCUUAUCCUUGCCGUCAUUUCGACUGUCUAAACAAACAAAGCCUGUGAACACGGAUAUGUCAACACUUGGCAGUGGUCAAACUACUGUACAAACUAGUGAGUUUAGUGCUGAGCAGCUGUCUGAUCUGCUGCAGAUUUCAACCAAAACAUUACAAAUGAGGGAAAAAUCAAUUAUUCAUGAAGUCAGUGACAACCCUAAUCGAAUACAACCGACUGCGGCGGCUAGCUACGUCGCAACAGAUUCACUGUGUAACCAUCCGUCUACUACUACUGUAACUAGUUUGCACUCAUCCUCAGUGUUUAUGACAACAACGGUCACAACAUCAGUAUCACGUGUCAGUCCACAACCUGCAGGAAGUGCUUUUGUUACACGGCCUGUCUCCAGCUUGCAUUGUAAAUCUCCACAUUAUUUAACACGUAAAUGUGUCCCUGCGGCUAGUAGUAGUAGCAGUUGUUGUUGUAUAACAGAAAUACCAAGUCAUGGCGGUUCUAGUGGUGUUGGGGUUGUUGGUGUUGCUGCUAACCUACAUCAUAAUGGGAGACUUGCCCCAUUGGAUAAAAUACGUACACCCUUACCCCCACCACAACCACAACCAAUGCAGUAUUCUUCACGCUUAGAAGAGAAUACUGUUUUCUCGCCAACAACACCAAUAACACCAACGAUACAGCUGGCGAACACCGAAUCUUCUACUCACUCAACUGGCGCAAAUGCUUUAUCGAGAUGUCGUAAUUUCAAUGGUAACCAGUUUUUGUCUUCCGUCAUAGUCGGGCCUACACCAUCGCCACCAUCUCCACUGGCAUUAACAACCGCUAAUGCAGUAGUUCAAAAUAUUCAAACGUCGACAAUACCAGCCAAUCUUGUGGGUGAUAGUGCAGCUUCUCGUAGUCUUAUUCUGCCACCGUUAUCUAAUUCUACUGUUAACGCAUCAACAGUCAACACAAUUCCAGUAUCGAAUAAUAAUUCAUCGAAUCCGUUAACUACAGGACUUAGUCUACCAAGCCCCAAAAAUAAUUUGUCUGUAGUCUCUAAAACUGGAUUUGCACUGCAUCAGCAUGGUGGACAAGUCAAUCAACAACAUCCACCAUAUCUGCAUAAAGGGAUUAGUGGAAAUUUAGUUGCACAACAGAAUACUAAUAAUAGUUCUGUAAAUACAUCUGUAUAUACUCAAAGAAUAUCAUCAAAAUCAUCAAGUCACCGUAAACAAAGUUCUACAAAACAGAUCACAUUCCCUCUACCGCCUAUUGAUACAUCCAAAGAGCGACUUGGCAACCAUCAAAAAUUAUGGCGUCCAUAUAGUUCAAGACCGUCAAUAAUAACAAAAUCAAUAGCAAAUUCUUCAAGUAUACUGACACGAGCUUGUUCGACUUUAUUAAUUCAAACCCCUGAAAUGUGUAGUGAUGCUUGUUCAGUAAAAAUAAGUCCUGCUAUUUUCAUCGGUUCAACGACGAACUGUCUAAGAAGUAAUGAUUCAGUAUCACAUUGAUGAAUUUCAUGCAUCACUUAGACGACCAUAUCAAACUAGUGCCUACUUUCAACACAAUCUACAUAAUGUUGUUCAAUAAUAACGAUAAUAAUAAUAUCUACCUCUUUCAGAGACCGGGAAAGCAAAAUGAUAACAUAUAACCGACCGUUCAUAUCUGCAAAAAACAAGUAAUCAUUUUCUAAUAUAUAUAUCCAGGGAAGUAUUCAAAAAUUGACUGUGUAUUUCAAUUCCACUGUAAAUAUGAAUAUAAACUGUAUUUGGCGUACAAAUUAAAACAAAUAAAAUAAGAGAGAAGAAACAAAAUCUUCUUAAGAUUUUU